GUGCUGUGACGUCACGUCCACGGAGGGAUGUCUUUAAAUAGCGGGGCUGUCCUCCUUCCGCAGCCUCUGCACUUCUGCGCAAAAGCUGCACUGAGGGAGAAGAAGAGCCGAACACUCCAGCUUCGCUUUACACACUUUUAACUGACGCUUAAAGAUGUCCACCAAGGAGAAGCUGAUUGGUCAUGUGAUGAAGGAGGAGCAUAUCGGGAGCAGGAACAAGGUGACGGUGGUGGGCGUUGGCAUGGUGGGCAUGGCCUCCGCCAUCAGCAUUCUCCUCCAGGACUUGUGUGACGAGCUGGCUCUGGUCGACGUGAUGGAAGACAAACUGAAGGGUGAGGCCAUGGACUUGCAACACGGAUCCCUCUUCCUCAAGACACACAAGAUUGUGGCUGACAAAGACUACAGUGUGACGGCCAACUCCAAGGUGGUGGUUGUGACUGCUGGUGCUCGUCAGCAGGAGGGCGAGAGCCGCCUCAACCUGGUGCAGCGCAACGUCAACAUCUUUAAGUUCAUCAUCCCCAACAUCGUCAAGUACAGCCCCAACUGCAUCCUGAUGGUGGUCUCUAACCCAGUGGACAUCCUGACCUACGUGGCGUGGAAGCUGAGCGGCCUCCCCCGUCACCGGGUCAUUGGCUCCGGCACCAACCUGGACUCUGCCCGUUUCCGCCACCUCAUGGGAGAGAGGCUCAGCAUCCACCCUUCAAGCUGCCACGCCUGGAUCGUCGGGGAGCACGGAGACUCCAGUGUGCCUGUGUGGAGCGGCGUGAAUGUUGCUGGAGUUUCUCUGCAGAGCCUCAACCCACAAAUCGGGGCCGAGGGCGACAGUGAGAACUGGAAAUCGGUUCAUAAGAGCGUUGUUGACGGAGCCUAUGAGGUCAUCAAGCUGAAGGGCUACACUUCCUGGGCCAUUGGCAUGUCCGUGGCCAAUCUGGUGGAAAGCAUCGUGAAGAACAUGCGCAAAGUGCACCCCGUGUCCACACUGGUCAAGGGCAUGUAUGGCGUGAAGGAAGAGGUCUUCCUGAGCAUCCCAUGCGUGCUGGGCAACAGCGGCCUGACUGAUGUCAUUAACAUGACACUGAAGCCCGAGGAGCAGAAGCAGCUGGUGAAGAGCGCCGAGACCCUGUGGGACGUACAGAAGGACCUCACCAUGUAAAGACGCAUCCACGCUGAAACCACACCAAGCACUGUAUGGUUACCGCUUCCCCUCCAGCCUGCUGUACCUCCUGUGUGUGUGCCCCCCCCCCCCAACUGCAAUGGACAAAUUAGACCUACAAGUAUCUUAAAAAGGCUGAGUGUCCGUACCCGAGAUCAACGGAAGCUAGAUUUUUAGUUUCAGAUGUUGACACAAGGGUUAUCAUUUUCCAUUGUUGCCUCCCACCUGCUUUCCUCACUCGUAUUACUCAAUAACCAUAAUAUAUCUCACACCUUUCAGCAUCUGAACUCAGCCUUUCAUAGAGAGAGUAUCUACUGACUGUGUUGUCCGUCUCAACAUCAAAUUGUAAGGCCUUUGUGCAUUGAAUGUGUUAUACUGUGUAUUCUAUGUACUGUAUGUAAUUCUGUACUGUUGCUGUUACUUCUGUGCACUCCUUGUUCUAGUCGGUAUGUAUGCCAUGUUCUGAUUGUUACCAGUUGGUUUUACUUCCA